AUGAAACAUUUCAAUGAUGAUGAUGAUGAUGAUGAUGAUGAUGAUGAUGAUGAUGAUGAUGAUGAUGAUGAUGAUGAUGAUGAUGAUGAUGAUGAUGAUGAUGAUGAUGAUGAUGAUGAUGAUGAUGAGAUGAUGAUGAUGAUGAUGAUGAUGAUGAUGAUGAUGAUGAUGGAUGAUGAUGAUGAUGAUGAUGAUGAUGAUGAUGAUGAUGAUGAUGAUGAUGAUGAUGAUGAUGAUGAUGAUGAUGAUGAUGAUGAUGAUGAUGAUGAUGAUGAUGAUGAUGAUGAUGAUGAUGAUGAUGAUGAUGAUGAUGAUGAUGAUGAUGAUGAUGAUGAUGAUGAUGAUGAUGAUGAUGAUGAUGAUGAUGAUGAUGAUGAUGAUGAUGAUGAUGAUGAUGAUGAUGAUGAUGAUGAUGAUGAUGAUGAUGAUGAUGAUGAUGAUGAUGAUGAUGAUGAUGAUGAUGAGAUGAUGAUGAUGAUGAUGAUGAGAUGA